AUGAACCCUGACCAUGGGGAUAUAGCGGAGCUAGCGACCUGUACCACCUGUCGCUUCGUCGAGGACAAGUCCAACUAUUGGACUGCUGUUCUCUACUUCAAGCACCCAAAUGGAACAUUCCUUCGAGUCCCUCAAAUGGCAAAUCACAACACAGGACCUGGCCUCCAAUCCGGAGGAAUGACGGUGUACUAUUUCCAACCUCGGGGCACAGAGUUCACUGUCUUCCCAAAGGGCUUCCGCAUGCGAGUUGGAGACCCCAACCGCCGACGUAACGACCUUCCACCGGGGAGCCUCGAAGCGAUUGCUACAACCUUCCGAUGCUUCCAAGGCGCUGAAGUGGGGGACAACGUCCCUGGAUACCCAGACGACACAUUCGAGUUUCCCAACCGCACUUGCUCGGGAGGUAUUCGUUCGAACAUCUACUUCCCGUCGUGCUGGGAUGGAGUUAAUUUGGAUAGUCCCGAUCAUGAGAGCCACAUGGCGCACCCAAUCGGCGGUUUCUUUGCACCCGAUUGUCCCAGCACACACCCUGUCCGGACCCCCAUCCUCUUUUUGGAAAUUGUAUGGGAUACACGCCCAUUCAACGAUGCGUCUCUCUGGCCCAAAGACGGCACCCAGCCUUUCGUCUUUAGCAUGGGAGACCCGCACGGAUACGGCCAACACGCCGAUUACAUCUUCGGAUGGGAAGGCGACUCCCUCCAGCGCGCCAUGGACGUCUGCCUAGGUGGCGAAGGCAUCCCAACCAACUGCCCCGCUCUCACAGUCCAAGACAUGAACCGAAUGAACACCUGCCGCCUUCCCGCCAAAGUACCUGAAAUCACUGAAGGCCAAUAUCUCGAUAAGCUUCCAGGGUGCAACCCCCUUCAAUAUGGACCUGAACCAGCGACUAUGGUGCCAAACUGCGACGCGGUUUCGACGACCGUUGAGGUACCGGUUCCGACUGCCUCUCCUGCCGCGAUCGUACCGCCUUGGCCGGUCUGCCAUCCCAGUGGGGAAGAAGGAAGGCCCGCCGGAGCGCCUCUCUGUGAUUCCAUUCCCGAAGGAGAGUAA